AUGAUGAACCACCUCAACAACUCGAACAACGACCAGGACAUCGAGAGACCUCCCCACUUCAAGAAUGUCUUUAGCCCUAACGACGUCUCGGCGAACGCAGACAACUGCCUCAACACGAACAACAUCGUCACGUCCGAGAGCAGAAGACCCUCGCUCGUGGUCGUCCCGAUGAACAACGGCGGCCACGACAUGCGCCACUUGGCCCUCACAGCACGAUCCGACGACCUCAACCUCGACAUCGAGAUGCAGGACGGCUCAACCGAAAGCGACGACGCCAGUGUCGGCGGUGGCGCCAGCACCGCCUCAUCCGCCUGCUCCAGCUCCAGCAGCUCCGCCGGAGGCUCCCAGACUGCCUCGUCCUCCGCCUCCAGCGUCCCGACCGCGUCGUCCGCAACGGCAACCCAAAUCAUGGACAUUCCCCCAAGAAGUUGCACCGACGGUGUCCUGGGCAAGCCAGAUACACUCCCAGCUGCCAGCACCGGCAACACUCCGCUCAACCGCACCCUUCAGAACGAAAACUUAAACAACGAACAUUCGGAAAAGGCUAACUCGAACCCGCAGCUAACCCACCAGUUAAUUUCAAAUUUUCAAUUUCUAAAUUUACCUUCAAACAAAAAGCCAACAAAAAAGUCUUCCUCCAAGAUAUCCAAAAACACUACCAAACCUAUCAAGAAGUACCGCUCAAAAUCUCUGCCUAAUAUUCAUAUACCUUCCAAGCGCUCCCACCAGAUCUUGUUAGAUAUCUACAAGCAAAACUUCAAAAAUAAAAAUGGGCGUUCAAAGCCAGGCAACGCUGUGGGCCACAACCUCAACAACCCAGACAUGAACAUGAACAUGAACAUGAACGUGGGCAUGAUGAAUAUGAACAUGAACAUGAACAUCAACAUGGGCAUGAACAUGAGCAUGAACAUCAACAGCAACGGCACCAACAACUUCAUGAACAUUCACCACCAACAGCAGCUCUUCCUGCAACACCAACAGCAGCAACAGAUGUUGUUGCUUCCUCCUGUAAAUUUGCACUCCAUGCACGAGAUAGAUCUGCAAGAGGUGCUGAAAAACCCUCAGUUGAGACAUGACAUUCUUUUCGACCCUCAACUUCAAUUCAGACCAAAUCUAGACGGCGAAAGAGGUAAGAGGAAGAAGGUUCAGUCAGAAAACUACUGGAACAUGAUCAAGUUUGAAACCGAGAGAUUGUUGAAGUCUUCGCACCCUAAGGCAAUCGACCACAACUCGCCUAUCAUCAUCAUGUUCCAAUGUCUCAAGAGCAUUCUGGUGAGCCUGAUUCCUUCAAAGGACAUCAGCUCCAUUGAAGAAAUCUUAGACAUAAGUCUUCUGAUCCAAGAACUGAACUCGAAAUGCUUCAACUUUCUGGGUUUCUUUGACUGGAUCUGCUCCAUCUUCAAAUUACACUGUGCUCCAAUGAGAGACACUUGGGUCGAUGAAUUGGGCACCUUAUUCCAUAAAGCUUGUGAAUCUGAAGAUGAAGUCAACAUUGACUAUCUGAUUGAAGGUUUGAAAACUCUGUUUCUGAUCUUGGAGGCAAUGAAAUUGGAUGUAGCAAACCACCAGAUUAGAAUCCUCAGACCUCUUCUCUGCUCAUCAGCAGUUUCCUUCGAAAAAGAAUAUUUCAAAAACGCCAUCAAGCGGAACAAGAUCAAUUUCACCUCUUCCAUGUUGUGGUUCAAGAAAAAUUCCAUUGAACUGGAUUCCAAAAACCCAAGGGACGUUUUAAACUAUUCCGUUUUGAACCUUUUAUCUUGCUCAACCAUGUAUCAUCAGUUCCCUAACACCCUGAACUUUGACCAUACCAGACUUCUACUCUUAAGAGCAGAUCUCAGACACAUUAUUUGCACAAAAUUAUGUUCAAUUCUGUACAAGACUCUUAUCUAUCAAAACAACCUUGACAAAUCCCUUUUAAAUGAUGCAAAUAUGUUGAGCUUCAAGAAGGAAAUUUUAAACAUCAUUGUUGAUGAAAACGGAAAUUCUAAGUGGACCAAAAAUUUGAAAAACUUAUCAGUGCAACUGAUCAACAAUCUAUUCGGCAACCUAGAUUCAGAUAAAAUAGAUUUUGCCUACAACUGGCUUUUAAAGCAAACACAACCAAACUCAAAAGUUUACUCGCUCCUUGAAUCAAAGCUUUUUGAAAAAAUCCUUCCUUUUUUGAGUGCACCUUUUGCCAUUAAUAAUAACACAAACACUAAUAACAACAUCGAUUCCAUUUCUACUUCUAUGGCCACAAACUCUAACAGUUCUAAUUCUAAUUCAACUUCCAGUAAGAUUGAAGAUGAUAUUAUCGUCAAUGAUGAAUUGAGAAACGUCACAGAUAGACUAAACCAGCUGAUUGAAUUCAACUAUAAUGUUUUCAGUGAUAUGUAUACUAGUUACCUCAACUAA